CCGGCGCCUUCUUCUCCGGGUCCCCUGCGGCGGGCGCUUUGCCCGGCUUCGACUCUUGGAGGGCUUGCGGCGAGGGGCGCAGAGGGGGCGGGGAGGACCCGCGACGCCCCGCCCCCUUCCGCGCUCCGGCCCAUAGGCCCGCCUCCGGGGGAACCUGGUCCCGAGGCGGCUCGGAGCGCAGGCCGGCGCUGCCCGCAGGUGUCGGCGGCGGCGGAGCCACCGGCCCCAUGGUGGGUUUCGGGGCCAACCGGCGGGCCGGCCGCCUGCCCUCCUUCGUGCUGGUGGUGCUGCUGGUGGUCAUCGUCGUCCUUGCCUUCAACUACUGGAGCAUCUCCUCCCGCCACGUUCUGCUUCAGGAGGAGGUGGCCGAGCUGCAGGGCCAAGUCCAGCGCACCGAGGUGGCCCGCGGGCGCCUGGAGAAGCGCAAUUCGGACCUCUUGCUCUUGGUGGACACGCAUAAGAAGCAGAUCGACCAGAAGGAGGCCGACUACGGCCGCCUCAGCAGCCGGCUGCAGGCCAGGGAGGGCCUGGGGAAGAGAUGCGAGGAUGACAAGGUUAAGCUACAGAACAACAUAUCGUAUCAGAUGGCAGACAUACAUCAUUUAAAGGAACAACUGGCUGAGCUUCGUCAGGAGUUUCUUCGACAAGAAGAUCAGCUUCAAGACUACAGGAAAAAUAACACAUACCUUGUGAAGAGGUUAGAAUAUGAGAGUUUUCAGUGUGGACAGCAGAUCAAGGAAUUAAGAGCACAACAUGAAGAAAAUAUUAAAAAAUUAGCAGAUCAGUUUUUGCAGGAACAAAAGGAGGCCCACAAGAGUCAAUCAAAUGAUGGAAAAGAAUUGGGUAUAAAUGAUCAUGUAGCACCUAAAAAUAAUCCAAAUGUGGCUGAAAAUGAUGCAAAUAAGAAUGAGGAACCCUCAAGCAAUCAUAUUCCACAUGGGAAAGAACAAGUCAAACGAAUUGGUGAUGCAGGGAUGCCUGGAGUAGAAGUGAAUGAUCUAGCAAAAGCAGAUGAACUUCCUGCUGCUUUAAAGAAGCCCCCUGUGUUAGCUUCUCCACAUGAAAGUCAUCAAACAAUCUCCCAUCUUCCAACUGGACAGCCUCUCUCACCUAACAUGGCUCCAGGUUCACAACUGAACCAGAAUGAAAAUCCUGGUACUUCAAAACAGAACCCUUUGAAUCCUCUUCAGCGCUUAAUUCCAGGCUCAAACCUAGAACGAGAACCCAGAAUUCAAACAGACUCACUAAAGCAGGCCACCAGGGACAGAGUCAGUGAUUUCCACAAGUUGAAGCAAAGCCGAUUCUUUGAUGAAAAUGAAUCCCCUGUUGAUCCGCAGCAUGGCUCUAAACUGGCGGAUUAUAAUGGGGAUGAUGGUAACGUAGGUGAGUAUGAGGCAGACAAGCAGGCUGAGCUGGCUUACAAUGAGGAAGAAGAUGGUGAUGGUGGAGAGGAAGACGUCCAAGAUGAUGAAGAACGAGAGCUUCAGAUGGAUCCUGCAGACUAUGGCAAACAGCGCUUCAAUGAUGUCCUUUAAGUCUAAGGGAUGCUCAAAACCCAAAGUGCUUCGCAGUGAAUCAUCUCUAUUUGUCAAUUUUGACUUCUGUUGUAAAGAUCAGUCGUCGUUGUAUCAGUUGUAAAGAUACAUUGAGAUAGAUUUAAGGAAAUUUUAAUGAAGGAAUGUACCAAUGUACAUAUAUGAACUUUUUCAUAUUGUAUUAUCAAAGCAGAUACUUUUUUGGUUACAACACAGCUGAGCCAAAAACAGUUAAUCUUUGCAUUUAAAGCAAACUAAUGUAAAUUUCACAUUUUAUUGAACCUAAUUUUUUUUCACAAAAAGACAAAGGAACAAAUGUUUGUACAGGUUAUAUGCUGCACAUAGUGUAAUGGCAGUGAGAAGUUAGUUAUUCAGCUGAAAACUCUAGACACUAAUACGUUUUUGUUACCUGCCCCCACCCCCAUAGGUGUCCUCUACUGCCCCUCAUUUCACACUCUUUAAAGAGUUACGCUAGAAUAGUUACACACAAAAGUGGGGACCUGGAUGCCAAGCAAUGGGCAAUGUGUGUACAGAAUGACCUCCCUGUUCCUUUUAUUUUACUCGAGGAAAGUCCAAGUCACCAUAACAAUAUUUAUGUUAUUCCUUACUUAGUUCUUGAAGUUGCGGAAUGCAUGAUUGACAAUGAAUUUUUAUUUUUUCAAGUAAUACCAGUACUGUUUAACUGUAGUCAGCACUGGCUAAAAUUCGUUAUAUUUUCAGAGUUGAAUCUGGUGAGUGUAUUCACCGUUUACGUGACAGAUCCUGAAAGUGACUAAAUCCACCUUGAAAUGAGUCUGCGAUCAGUACAGCAAAACUUUUCUGGUAGUUUUAAUGAUUGUAUUUGAUUAGACUUUUCCAGAACUACUAAGUAAGGGAUUUUAACAGGUUUUUAUUAAUGAAUGGAUGAAUAGAAGUACCGUGACGUCUACAGCUGUUUUAUUGAAAUAGCCGAAAACUUUGUAAUAAAAAUGAAUAUUUGUAAUUAAUGUUAGUUAAGAACCCACCAAGCUCAUUUGCUAGACUUACUGAAUUAUUUUCAGUGUAUUGUGUCUUUUGCCAUUAUUUCAUUAGGAUAUAUAAGCUAGCUAAUCCUUCUUUUCUGGUUUCAAGCACUUUUAAUUUUUUUUAGUGUUCCCUAAAAAUGAAAGGUAUUGAUGAUAAGGGGGAAAUGUAAGGCUGUAAACCCCGUUUUUUAGAAGGGCUGCUUUAAUUGCACAUAAAGAUGAACUACUUGGAGUGACAUGGCGCAGGGUGUGAGGCCUAGGUUGAUUCCCAGCACUGAAAAUAACAACAAAGUAAACACACAUGAAAAGCCCCCCACUAAGGCUCUGUUCAAAAUACUAAUCUAUAGAAGAAGCAAUUGUUCACCUACUGACAGACCUAAGUUCUUAUAAUUCAGUCCAAAGUUAUUUAAUGGCCAGAAAAAGAUGGAGUCAUUUAUUAAAAUUGACUUUUCCACUAUAUCAGAUUAUCCAGUGUUGAGGAGGCAGAGACAGAUGGGUCCAUGGAGCUCGAUGGCCAGCCAUCCUGGCCUAAUUAGUAAGUUCCGGGACCCAGUAAGGGACAGCUUGUGAGGAACACCCUCCCCCCACAGGUUGACCUCUGGCCUUCCUACACCUGCACACACGUAACUGCUUGUGCACACAAACACUCUCAUACACACACCAAGAAACCAAACAGUUUAUACUUUUGUUGUCAGUAAAGUCAGGCCUCCAGUAAAAAAGUAUGAUGAUUACAUUAAAAUGUAGUCAAAGGGGAGUGAUGCACAUGCACAACAGUUAGCAAGGGGAGCCAAAUCUACAAAUGCCUAGAGAUACUUCAUACUUGAUAUUGUAGAACUGGAUAGACGAAAGCAUAAGGUCUCCUGCUGAUUCCAUUGUCCUAAAAACGGUCAGUUGGUUGUAUGGUAACUAUCCAUACACAGCAAAAACUUCAUUUAGCAGCCUAGACAUUUUAUAAACUGGGGAACCUUGGACCAACUGAUAUUUCUGACUAUAUUAACAUUGUAGUGCUGUAAAGUACUAUGUGGAUCUCUUUAAAUUGUGACAUUCUACAGUCUGUAUUAGAAAUGGUGUUUUGUUUUGUUUACAGUGUUUUACUUCUGCCUUAAGAAUUAGGGUUGGUUGUUUUGUUUUGUUUUAAUGUAUUUUUGCCCUGAAUUAAGUGUUAAUUUGACAGGAACGCUGCUUUUAAAAAUCUUACUGGGUUCUAAUAAAUUAAAAGUUAAACUUG